AACAGUUGGGACAGGACUCUGACGCACUACAGUACCGCGAGGAUUUUUUGAGUGUAGUAAUUAAUGUACAGCGUCUCACGUGUUUGACCUCUGAGUAUAAUUAUAAUUUAUGUUAGCUUUAAAUCAGUACAUGUGCGACAUUGAUAAAUUAAAACAUAUAGCUGUUUUGCAGAAGUGCAGCGUCUUCGUUCUCGAGGCAUCAAGAAAAUAUAAACAAGGCUGUCACGGAGCUCGCCAGGGACAUGGGCCAGCUUUGCGCUGCAACACUCUUACCAUUUGGUGCCAUCUGCGUUGUUUUUAUUUGGGAUUGUGGUGCCAGUUCUUUAAUAAAAUCAAGAUUUGCAGUGCUCACUUCAGGGGAGGAGUGUCCGGAAAACAAGGUAGUGACAGUGGAGUACCCCUGUAUUACAGCAAGGGGCACGGAUGGCACCUGUCUCAGGAGGAAAUGCUGUGAGGGCUUCAGGUUCGUGAUGGGCAAGUGCAUACCUGAAAAUGUGGAUGUGUGUUCUGGCUCCCCCUGUGAACAGCAGUGCACCGACAACUUUGGACGGGUUGUCUGCACCUGUUACCCCGGAUACCGCUUUGAUCGAGAGAGGCAUCGCAACCACCAGACCUACUGUUUAGACAUCGAUGAGUGUGUGGAGUCCGACGGCAGUGUCUGUGAUCAUGACUGCGAGAACACCGUGGGCAGCUUCCUGUGUCGCUGUCACAGGGGUUACAUCCUGGCACCGGACAAGCACUCCUGUAUACCCAGUCACAACCUGAGCUCGUCAGGGAAGUCUGACACCCUGAUGAGUGCUGGCUCCUGCUCCCUCACCUGUCAAGACUUUGUCAACAUGAGGAACAGCCUGCUGCAGCUCAAACUGAGGCUGGGCAGCACUCAGUCACCUAACCAGGUGUUGUCUCCUGGCCUAGCUAACAGCAGUGAUAAGCCUUCUGCUGGGAGGUUGGGGAAAGGUCCUGACACCCCCGCCCUCCCUGGUCCUCCUGGCUCUCCAGGAUCCCGUGGGGUCCCAGGCCAAUCAGGAGUGCCGGGGGAGAAGGGAGAGCCUGGAGAGAGAGGCCUGACCGGCCCCCUGGGGCCACGGGGAGACAUGGGCCCUAUGGGCCCCGAGCCUGACCUGGAGCACAUCAAGAGGGGUCGCAGAGGAGCUGUGGGACCUCCUGGCGCACCAGGCAGAGAUGGACUGAAGGGUGACAGGGGAACUCCUGGUCCCAGAGGUCUACCAGGACCUCCCGGCUCCUUCGACUUCCUCCUGGUCAUGAUGGCCGACAUUCGCAUUGACAUCAUCGAGCUGCAGGAGCAAGUGUUUGGGAAGAGGCGGGGCCUCUCCUUAGACAACCCGCCCCACUCCAGCGGAGAGACAGGGUUCGGAGAGUGGAGCUCCGGACAAGGAGAGCUCAUGCUCAAUACCUGAACUCCAUAACCCUGCCCACGGCAACGGUCACUCAAAACGAUAAGCCAAAGGGAACUAAUUAAUCAACUGACUCUUGUAAACCAGAGACAUUGAACUGACUGAACUGACUCCUUUCCUCCAGUGAAACCUUGUCUCUAAAACCCAAAUAGGACUGUAUGAGUUGAGGAGACCUCUGAUCAGCUCUCUCCUGUCAGAGACAUAGACUAUAAACAAACGGAGAGAGAGAGAUGGAGAGAGAGAGAAUGGCAAAGAUGGAACCACUGACCGAUUGGAGAUGUUUGAUAUGAGUCUGGAAGGAGAGUUUAUAGUCUAGCCAGACACCUUGGUACUUAUAGAUGUCCACAUAUUCUAGGUCGGAACCAUCCAGGGUGGUGAUGCUGGUCAGGCGUGCGGGUGCAGGCAGCGAACGGUUGAAAAGCAAGCAUUUGGUUUUACUAGCGUAUAAGAGCAGUUGGAGGCCACGGAAGGAGUGUUGUAUGGCAUUGAAGCUCGUUUGGAGGUUAGAUAGCACAGUGUCCAAGGAAGGGCCAGAAGUAUACACAAUGGUGUCGUCUGCGUAGAGGUGGAUCAGCGAAUCGCCCGCAGCAAGAGCAACAUCAUUGAUAUAUACAGAGAAAAGAGUCGGCCCGAGAAUUGAACCCUGUGGCACCCCCAUAGAGACUGCCAGAGGACUGGACAACAUGCCCUCCGAUUUGACACACUGAACUCUGUCUGCAAAGUAGUUGGUGAACCAGGCAAGGCAGUCAUUAGAAAAACCGAGGCUACUGAGUCUGCCGAUAAGAAUAUGGUGAUUGACAGAGUCGAAAGCCUUGGCCAGGUCGAUGAAGACGGCUGCACAGUACUGUCUUUUAUCGAUGGCGGUUAUGAUAUUGUUUAGUACCUUGAACGUGGCUGAGGUGCACCCGUGACCGGCUCGGAAACCAGAUUGCACAGCGGAGAAGGUAUGGUGGGAUUCGAGAUGGUCAGUGAUCUGUUUGUUGACUAGGCUUUCGAAGACCUUAGAUAGGCAGGGCAGGAUGGAUAUAGGUCUGUAACAGUUUGGGUCCAGGGUGUCUCCUCCUUUGAAGAGGGGGAUGACUGCGGCAGCUUUCCAAUCCUUGGGGAUCUCAGACGAUAUGAAAGAGAGGUUGAACAGGCUGGUAAUAGGGGUUGCGACAAUGGUGGUGGAUAGUUACAGAAGAGGGUCCAGAUUGUCAAGACCAGCUGAUUUGUACGGGUCCAGGUUUUGCAGCUCUUUCAGAACAUCUGCUAUCUGGAUUUGGGUAAAGGAGCUGGGGAGGCUUGGGCGAGUAGCUGCG